UUGUAUUUUUAAUAUUAGGUACAUUGUGUCAGUGGUAGCUAUAUAUAUUUAAUUUUUGCGAAAACGGCUCAAUUUACAGUUUUGUAAUAUAACAAAAAAAUGUUUAAAGUUUAAUAUUAUUAGUUGCUCGUAUACUAGUACUCUUUACAUAUUUUUAUAAAAUAAUUAACAAAGAUGCGGUGGACUUUGCACACUGAUGGUGGGCCCAGAAGAGUGAAUCACGCCGCAGCCUGUGUUGGUGACAAAAUAUUUUCUUUCGGCGGUUACUGUUCGACUGAAGAAUAUCGAGAUUGGGAGCCGAUUUCCGUCCAUGUAUUAGAUACUUCAAUUUUCAAAUGGGCCCCGGUAGAAUAUAAUAAAACUAGUGCUCCAUUUCAAAGAUAUGGACACUCGUGCAUCGCAUACGGAGAAAAGAUUUACAUGUGGGGUGGGAGGAAUGAUACUGUGGCUUGUGACACUGUGUAUUGCUUUGAUACGAAAAAAUUAGAAUGGAGUACACCUCCUGUAACUGGCAUGAUUCCAUAUGGAAAGGAUGGUCAUGCUUCCUGCCGUAUUAAAAACAGAAUGUAUAUAUUUGGAGGCUUUGACUACCUAACAGACCAGUAUACAAAUAAUAUCCAUUGCUUAAAUUUAGAUACAAUGGAAUGGAGCUUUGUUUAUGCUAAGGGUACACCACCUGUAGCUAGAGAUUUUCACACUGCUUUGCCCUAUGGGGAGAGAAUGUACAUUUUUGGUGGUAGAGGGGACUUUGAUAGGCCGCUCAAUGCAGAGAAUGAAGUGUACUGUGAUAAAGUAUAUUAUUUAGACACACAAACUGAAACUUGGGUUGCUGUUGAGGCCAAAGGUAUAAAACCUAACGGAAGAAGGAGUCAUUCUGGCUGGAUAUAUAAUGAUUUUAUGUAUAUCUUUGGUGGGUACAAUGAGAAGACCAAGACACAUUACAAUGAUGUAUUCAGAUUUUCCUUAAAGGGAAAUUAUUGGGAGCCUGUCAAAAUCAGAGGAACUCCACCGUGUAAGAGAAGACGACAAGUUUGCAUCUUGUAUAAUGAUAAAAUAUAUUUGUUUGGAGGAACUAGUCCAAUAAAAAAUCCGCCAAUUACAAAACCGGAUGAGAACAGCGAUGAUGAUGAGAAUAAAAAGCUAUUGGACAAUAAUGAUCUUCAUAUCUUGGAUUAUAUGCCCACCUUAAAGGUGUUGUGCAUCAAUUACGUACUAGAUAAUAAAAUGGACACUACCUGUCUACCGAGAGAUAUAUUGACGGACAUCAAGAUAAUGACGCAGCCCAAUCGUAUCAGCAGACCCAUCAAUCAAACUGGUUGAUUUCAUUUGUAUUUACAUCUCAAAUAGAAAUUUAUCAAAACGUUCAAUUUAGGAGGAAAUUUACUAUCUACGAGUCGUGUAAGGUUACGUACAGUUUAUGUUUUGUCAACCACGUGUUUUCUGUCAAUGAAAUAUAACUUUUAUGUAUAAAAACUGAUUUAGAUGUGAAUUUUUUUUCAUCAUCGAUUAUAGAUAGGUUUGUAAAACUCCCCGGUUGUUGCACUUGCGAUGUUAAUAAAUGUAGAAUUGCAUAGAAAUUAAGACACUGCAUCGCAAAAUAGGACGCGUCUCUUAAGAACUUGUAAUGUCGGGUUAAAGAGAUCUAAGAUAGCCUAUUCAGAUAAAGUUUUGAACAUGAAAUAGGUACACAUGUCUUUAUAUUAAAGAAAGGCAUAUGCUACUCGCAAACAAUGUUUUCGGCAGUUAUAUAAUAAAUAAAUUGUGUUUUGUAUGUAUGUACUCUAUAAUUGUCAUUUAGUAUGUAACCAUAUCUGAGUGCGUUAUUUAAAUGCUUGACUAUAUUUCUGUAAUCUAUUUGUCAAAAUGAUAGCCAAAUUUGCUGCUUAGCGUAAACUCGAGAACGGCUCGACAAAUCCCAAGAAAGGUUCGUACGGAGAAAAAAAAAUACGUACCACGGGUGAAGCCGGGGCGGACUGUUAGCAUACAACACUCUUGUGCAAUAUUGUAGCCAUGCUUUUAAUACUUUAUUAAACUUCCAUACACAACAGCAGUAUUUUAGAGAAAUUAAUCGUCGGUAGUCUGUAUCUACGUUUUAAAUAGACAUUAAUUCAUUCAUGUUAACAGCAGUAUGUUAGUUUCAUUAAAAUAUUUACACAGCGCUCUUUUGCUUGAAAAAUAUUCAGGAGUAGCUUAUUAAAAUUAUGUUGUGAUAUUUAUGUUAAACAUAUUAUUUAUUUUAGUUUUUAAUUUUUCACAUACACAAAUUGAAUGAUAUCUAAUUUAUUUAUAAUAACGCUAUUUUUAACUUCGUCUAUUCUAUAGUGAUGUCAGAUAUGUGUAAUGAUCCGUAUGUAAGUUGUAUAUAUGAAAUGAAUGUCUGUUUUUAAUAUAA